AUGGAAACAACAACGGCUGAUAUAAAACUUUUUAAAAAAUGGUCAUAUGAAGAGAUCAAUAUUGCUGACUUAUCUUUGGUGGAUUGUAUAGCUGUGUCACAAAAAGCAUGUGUUUAUACCCCACAUACCGCUGGGCGUUAUCAAAAGAAAAGGUUUAGAAAAGCUUUAUGUCCAAUCGUAGAAAGAUUAGUAAAUUCUAUGAUGAUGCAUGGAAGGAAUAACGGAAAAAAAUUAAAAGCAAUAAGAAUUGUAGCUUAUGCUUUUGAAAUUAUUCAUUUAAUGACAGGAGAAAACCCAAUACAAGUUUUUGUAAAUGCAGUACAAAAAGGUGGACCAAGAGAAGACUCAACAAGAAUUGGAUCAGCUGGUGUUGUUAGAAGACAAGCUGUUGAUGUCUCUCCUUUAAGAAGAGUAAAUCAAGCUAUCUAUUUAAUUUGUACUGGUGCUAGAAAUGCAGCUUUUAGAAAUAUUAAAUCUAUAUCUGAAUGUUUAGCAGAAGAAAUUAUUAAUUGUGCUAAUGAAUCAUCAAGUUCUUAUGCUAUUAAAAAAAAAGAUGAAAUUGAAAGAGUAGCAAAAGCUAACAGAUAA